AUGCGUAACUUCACCCUGAAGCACAGAUACAUGGAACACUUAAGCACUCAUUAUUCGGAGAGAUGUACUUUGUGCGAUUUUACCGGGCAAAACUCUCAAGACUUGCGAAAUCAUUUGCAAGAUGUUCACAACAUAUCCGAUAUUGAAGACUUGUCCGAUCCUCAAGACAAUAAUUCCGAUUAUCAGGACGACGAUGAAACGCCCACGAAACGUGGAAAAUCGAAAUCGUUUAAAUGCAAACAGUGUAACUACGUCACGACGACGAAACUAGAUUUUUGGGAACAUUCAAAGGGACAUAUAAAAGCAGAAAAAUUAUUGACUUGUCCUAAAUGCCCCUUCGUCACAGAAUACAAACAUCACUUGGAAUAUCAUUUGAGAAAUCAUUUCGGAUCUAAACCUUUCAAGUGUACAAAAUGUUCGUAUUCGUGCGUAAACAAAAGCAUGCUCAAUUCUCAUUUGAAAAGUCACAGCAACGUUUAUCAAUAUCGGUGCUCAGAUUGUGCUUAUGCGACCAAAUACUGUCACAGCCUUAAAUUACAUUUGAGAAAAUAUCAGCACAAACCCGCAAUGGUGCUCAACGCGGACGGUUCACCCAAUCCGUUACCCAUAAUCGACGUGUACGGUACUAGAAGAGGACCCAAGCAAAAAUCUCAAGUCAAAAUAGACGAGACCGAAGACAAAAGUAUUUUUUUAGACAUUCGAGUUCCGACAACGGAUAAAAAUAUUCCGAACCUUCCGGGAGGAGUUAUCGUACCGAACGCCCCUCACAUUUCACCUCAAUCGCCAAGUUCUUUGUAUUCCUUAAAUAAUAACGAUAUUAAAGAAGAAAGUCAAAACGGAUUGUCUCCCAAAUUGUAUUUUUGCAGUAUUUGCGAAUUUCAAACAAUCGCACCGGAAAUAUUAAGGCAACACGUUUUCCUUCACGCCGCCGAAACGAAUUUAGCUCAAAUAUUAAAACAAACAACAAUCUACAAGAUCAAAAUGCCAUGA